AGUAACACAAAAUUACAAAAUGGCGACGGCGGAGGUCCUUACGACGAUUAUAAGAAGAAACAGGCCAGGAACGAAAGCUGCGGUUCGUCUUUCUUAUUUCUAUCACUAAAAAAUCUUAGGUUUUUCAUUUGUCUGUCAAACGUGUCAUUAGGGCGAUUAACUUCGCUAGAUUUACCAAGAAGAAACUUGUUCAAUGAUAGAGAUGUGAGCCUGGCACAGGAAAUUGUCUUGUGGAAUCGUUCGAUGCAAUUCAAAAGACGAAUUUUAAACGGCACAUGAAUUAGCAUAUAUGAUUUUUACAGGCUUGAGAAUCAUCGGGAGAAUUGCCCGCUGAUUUUGUCACGCGAAUCAAAUUGUCCCGGAAUCAUAUGUGAUGAUGACUGAAGUUCUGCUAAAUCAUAAGUGAUGAUUUUUUCAGCAAAGUCAAAAUCAUUCGUGGAAUCAUAACGUACGAAACCGUGAGUGUCUGGAAUCAUCACCAGGCGAUUCGCUGCUGUUAUGAAAUCGUUUGUGGAAUCAUAACCUUGUGCCCAACAAAAGGGAACGUUGGAUUCACGAGUGAAAGAUCGGUCGUCGAACUGUCAUAAACCGAACUAGGAUCAGACGAAGUUGAAACGAAGACAAAUAUGAAAAGUGUAGCAGAAGAAGUCUUGUAGUUCCUAGCGUGCGCGCAUAAACUAAAACUGGAAAGGGGCUUGGUACGAGAUUUGACCGUGUACCUCUGAUCUAACACGAAAAUCCUAUUGUAUUUUAUUGAAACUUUCAAGUUGAAAUCGUUUAAUCUGAAGGUAGUUGAAGAUCGCGAUCAUCCAUGGAUGCAGGCCGGACCUUUUAAAGGUAAACUUUCUUGCUUUGCUUCAUAAAUAAAAUGGUAAUACAUUUACAUUCAAGUGAUGGUACUCAUAACAGAAGCUUGUUAACGUCAAAAACAUGUGUAUACUACCUGUAUACUGUUGCCUUUUGCUGGUUGGGUAAUUUAUUUAACACAAAGAGGCCUUCACACACACAAAAAAAACAAUACCACUGAUGUUAUAAUUUGUAUGAUAGCAGGAAGACCUGUUUUACAUCAAACUAAAUAAAACAGCUCAUUUUGUAUAGCAGAAAAUAACACUAAUUUGCAUAUUUUUUGGAGUAAAUUUGACAGAAUAUUGAAUAACAAUAUCUAUAUUAAUUAUAACCUUAAAUUAAUUUAAACUAUAAAUCACAAUUUACAAUGGUGAUUUGAACAAUGCACAAAGUAAUUAAGUGUAUAAAAAUCAUUCAUAUUUUGAGUUAAACAACAUUUUAAAUGACACCAAACCAGUUAAGGUAUAUAAUUAUUAUUAUGAUGAUUGUUGGUGAUAGCCCCCAUUCAAUUAUCCCCAUCAUUUGAAAUCUGGAUUACCCUUGGGGUCAAACAGGUCCAAAUUAAAAUGAAACACAAAUAUUUUAAUUAAUCAGAGCUGUUCUCUAGCAGAGCCCAUUGGCUCCUAGUGCCUAUAAGAGGGGGCUGAAUAGGGGUAUGCAAAUCCGCCGAUCCGUUAUGAUUUAUUGGCCAAAUCUGCCGUUAAAAUUUUGCCCUGAAUCCGAAAUCCGGGCAAAAAUAUUUUUAUUACACGUAAAGUUCAAAAUCCGGGCCUAAAAAGUCGAUGAAUCCUCAAUCCGCUGCAAUUACAGGAUCCGGAAAUCCGUUAAAAUCUCGCUUUGAAUCCGAAAUCUGGGCAAAAAUAUUUUCAAAAUCCGCCGAUCCAUUCGCCUAUUCACCCCGCUCCUGUAACUCUUGCUCUCAAGCAACUUGAAAGUCUUACUUUUUUCAUUCAAAUCAUAUGCUGGGCACCCUAGGUGUUACAGCCUUACAGCACAGCCUUGAACUUUAAUAACAUGUUGCACUUAAGUGACGAUGAGUUUUUAAGAUCCAGACUUGAUCAAACAACACAGAAAUUUUGAAAUGUUAAGUACAAUUUGUUCUCUUAUUUUACUUUUUUGUACUUGUCAUAGAUAUUGACUAUCAGUCGAGAAUUAUAUAUAGGCCUGAACACCCAACAACUGAUUUUUUUAAAGGUAGGGCUGCCACCAGGGGCCAAGGAGCAAGCAUUUUACUUUUGAGCAUGAUCCUUGGUUACUUUUGUAGGGAAAUAAAGGCAAAAUGGAACCAAAUGCAAAGAACUUUCUAACUUUUCGAUUCCCCACCUUUUUAAAUAUGAACUGUCCGUAAUAGAGACGUGUCCGUAUUAUAGAGGUGUUUAUAAGGAGAGGUUAGACGGUAAUGUCUAAUGGUAAACUGAUGACAUCACAUGUGUAGGAAGAGCCCAAUGAGAGUGGAUGCACAUUGACAAUUUUGGGCAGCUCAUUCAGAUGUAUUUUCAAGGGUUCUUUUUUGCCCAUUUGGUACUUUUUCAGUUUGCAGACUUUUUUGUCUACUUUUAAAAGUGCAUGUUUCACAGAGUUUUGGAUCCAAAAUUCAAGACUUUUUCCAGACUUUUUCCAAAACAAAAAUUAUUAUUUCUCUUUCCAGACUCAAAUUUAUCAAAUAAAGGUGACAAACAGAGACCUUUAAAAAACACAGGAAUCAAGCUUUUCUCAUGAUGCACUAUAGUAAUCACAGUGCAAAAAAUUUACCCUUUUUUCCUGUCCUUUUUAUGAACAAUGCCUGUUUAAGCUUUCCAAGCCCUUUUCUGUUCACUACAAGGCCAAAAAGACUUAAACCUAUCGAAAAUGAUGUUUCUUUUAGUUUUUAAUAGUAAAUAGAUAAAGAAUACAAAAUAUGAGGUGCAAAAUGUGUUUUCCAAAUGGUGAACAGAUACCUUUCACUUAAUCUUAUCUUCUUUUCUUUCACCCCUUUAACUUGAUAAUGUAGUUCUCUUCAGUGUGGGAAUAGUUUUGAAGGAAGAUUAUAUUGUACAAAUAAAUGAACAAGAUUUUCAUAGCAAUUUUCCGGUCACCUUUGCAAUGUUUUCUCUGGCACAAAUAUAGUAAUUUCAUAGGUAUGUGGAAGGAUCAGGGUCAGUAUGGGUGCAGUGUCCAAUUGUUUUAUUUCAUAUUAUUUUACAAUUACAUAUUUUGCUGCAAUUAAAGUAUAUAGUUGUUAGUGGUAAACAAUUUCAAACAUUAAAUCAAAUAUAUUGAGACUGUCAAACUAUAAUAUUAUUCCAAACUGUAUAAUUUGGAAGCGAAUUAAAAUAACUAUUAUUGUACAUGUAUGAAGUGCUCGUUAGUAAACAGAAAUGAUGUAAAUGAGUAGUGUCUCCUUAUUGUGCUAUUUAGUGAUUUGCAUACAGCUGUACUCUAGUCAUCGACUCAGAUUAGCUACCAGAAGAUAGUUCUUUUUGACUGGAAGCAAAGUCACUCUCCGUAUCAACCGUCCUAACAUUUACGAUGUGCUCUCCACGAUAAAAAGCUGUUCUUUACUGCAGGAAGUCCAGAGAGUUUAUCCGCAUCAUGGUUCUUGUUGGCAAAAUAAACCAGUCCACACUUGCAAGGUGAUGAACUCGCAUACUAGUAGCUCCCAUCAAGUCUUUCAAAUGAACUCGUGCAGUAAAAAAUAACGUACCUGAACAAAGUAAGGAGAAACCUCAGUUUUACUUUCAGGUUUGUCUAAUUUGUCCACACAAUAGAUCAGAGCUGUCUGGCCCCUGUCAGUUCUGUUGUAAGAGGAUGAAAAGGUGGAACCAUUUACCAUACAUCUCGCAAAAGGUAUCUAUACGGGGGCUCGACAAACAGAAAUGAAUCCUCAUGGAUGUCUGACAUGUAAUCUUUCAGCUCAUUGUAAAAUUCAAACUUUGGUCUUUGCUUGAUCCUCAUUGGAGGAAGCAUCUUAACAGGCCAUUUUUGGUCGAUUUUGUCUAUGUCCUCUUGUUCAACUGUCAUUUGGAUGUCCAAAUUGGUCACAGAUGUUCUUGAGGGUGCCAUGUACAUAUUUUCUGUCCCUCUGAAAAGACGUUCUGCUUGGAUUCUUUGAAAAACUGACCAUUCUUCUGUUCCCUCUUCCAGAUGUUCACUGUCUUUGUGUUUCAUAAGUGGCUUUAAAGAAGAGGGAAUAUCAUUUUCACUUACCUUGUCAAGUAGUGGUAACUUUGCAACAUCAAUUAAAUGCUGCAUGACAAAGUUUCUAAAAAUCUCCUCUUCUACAGUUUUCCCACUGGUGUUGACAUCUCCUAACAGACCAAUGUGUCUUUCAUAAGGAAAGCACCACCAGCUGGUAGGAGGUCCCCAAUUCUGAAUGAGCUCAGGGAUGUGUAGAGUCAUGUGAUAAUUAACACUUACCUCAAAUUUUCCAAACACUUUUGAAUACAGUCCAUGGUGCUUGUGAAGAAGACAAGAGAUAUUGUUUACUUCAUCCCUUGUUAUGGGGUCUUUCAGAAGCAGUUCAACUGCCUCAGCAAGACAUUUUGUGGCAUCAUAAAAUCUGUUUGGUACUACAUUCCAUAAACAGACCCUUGCAUAGGUGACAAUGAAAUUCUUCCACUGUUGUGCUUUCAACCCUCGCGCUGACAUCUUGUCGAGCAUUGUCUUUGGUAGCCUUCCAAGAUCGUAGGGCACCCUCACAGCAUUCAAUCUGUUUGCCAAGAUGUCUCUCUCCUCCUCUGUCAUCAAGUUGUUGGAAUUAGUUAUAAGUUCUUCCCCAAGGUCUGAAACAAGGCCCAUCAAGAUGCUGUGCAUGGGAUCAAUUAAGAAAUUUUCAACCAUGUUGAAGUAUGGCAGACGAGCCAGUUCACUGUACUUUACUCCUGUUUUUUGAGACAUUGCUAGUGCACUUGCUUUUGUUGUUGCCUUUCUAUAUAUACCCAUUGCCUUUCGUACCUCACUGUCAGUCCGUGCUGGUGAUUUCUCGCUUGUGUAAAAACUCAUCUUGCCACUUGCCCCUCUGGUGCCCUUUUCUCGAACUGCCCGAAACAUACAUUUAUCACAUGGAAGAUCGGCCUUGUGACUCUUGUAUUGUGAUAACUUCCUUGAGGCUGGUAUGUCUGCAAGUACUGGAAGAAGUAGAGAACGGGUGAAGAUGACCUCAGGCCCAAGUACUUGGACGUGAAUUCCUUUUGUAUAACAUGAUCAAGUCGUCUACAAUUGGGGUCAAAUAAGUAUUGAUGUGACCCUCAGGUUCAGAUGGACCUGGAAUUAGACCGAUCAGCAUUGACCACUUUGCUUUAAAACGCUGACUCUUUGGAAUGUUAAGGACACUCAUGUACAGGGCUCCGCAUGAAUAAACCGCUCGUUGAAAUGGAUUGAAAAAAUCUAGGUAAAGUAAAAGUGCCAAAUUCAUUUUGUCCUUCAGAAGAGGCUUUGUGUUGUCAUCAGGAUCCAUUAGAAAUUCCUGAAGAAUACGCCCAUCCCAUAUGUCCCUAUAAUCAGUUGUUGAUGGUUCAGGCCGGUUUCUUAUGAGAUUUAAGAAUUCUUCCAGAUUAAAAAAUGUCUUUAUCCACUCAGAAGGUGCUAAAAAGGGAUAUGUCUUAUAUGGAAUCAUUUUAGUUUUUCCAAAUGAAAGCUUUUCAAAAAAAGAAAGUUCUGCAUUACACCUUUUCCCAUAUAAUUUGUUCUUGCAUAAGCGAGGCUUUAAAACCCCAUCCCUCUCAGAACUAAUAUCAUUCAUCUGGUAGAGACACGAGCAUUUGGGGUUGGGGCAAACAGCAAAAAGUAUUGUUUUGUUGAGAACCUUAAGAUUGGCAAUGGUUUCAAGGUCACUGAUUGACUUCGGGAAAAGCAUAUAUAAGGGAUGACGUAUUACCCAAAAAAUGAAAUAAAUAAGAUCUAGCAACAUAGAAAAAAUAGCAUUAGAUAAAUUAAAUGAUAGUUUUAAACGUAAAAGUAUUAACGAAAUCCAGCGAAUUAGUUUCCCUUCUUCUUUUGUCUUUAUGACAUCUUCUUUCAGCUCUUCCUCCUUGCACUGGUCUGCACCAUUUACUGCAGCACUUUCUCCUUCCAUCAUGUCUUUUCUCUCGUCUGCUUCGGAUUCAGUGCUGCAGUCUGAUAGUUCUAUAGUGUCUAGAGGUGUGAAUUACCAGAAGUAUUUUAGUAUUUACAGUCAUGCAUUCUUCAAAGACUGUAGUUUUUAAGUUACAUAUAUUUGGCAAUAAACAAUGAAUUUAAAAAGUCUCUCUCAUAGACAGAAACCCUGAGAACAAACAAGCAGCUCAUUGUAGUGCUGAAUACAUGUUAAUGUAGAUUUAGCUGCAGUCAGCUUUUGAAUUGAUUAUCCACAACCAAUCACACAUGAGACAGUAUUAAGUUGUUGUCCUCCGGCAGCUGAUCAGUCAGAUCAUCCUAAUAUUAAAUUCCUAGACAAUUAUUAAUAGUUCCCUUAUGCACCUAUCAAUGUGAAGUUGGUGGGGAGCUGCACAUUGUUGUUUAAUCUCAAUUAUAGAAUUCCAACUAAUGGCCCUGUCCCAUGGAUAUAAGAUAUAAGAAUGUGAUGUUAUGAUCUUUUGUGAAAAACAACAAAAAGGUUAAAAAGUCUUAAGUUUAAUAAUUAUUCUUGAUUUCCAGACUGUAUGGCACAUGCAUGAAGUGGAACACAUGUGAUCGGUCUUGACAAGUCUGAGUUAGUGGUCAAUAUCUCCACAUGCCACGUCGGUAAAAAAAGGAAGGUUCAAAUAUCCCACCCCCCAGAAGAACAUUAGUCAAAUGCUUAACUCCAGGGCCAACAGAAAACAUUCAAAUCCUUAUGCAAUGCCCUUCCUCAAUCCCCCCUCCCCCCCUCAGGCUUUACAUGGACAGGUGCAUUAAACAUCUGUAUUAAUUCUCUGUUCUGUAUCAGGGUUGUCAUUAAGAGCCGGGGGCCGGGGAUUUUCCCCGGCUACUUUUAUCGGAAAAUAGAAGAAAAAUAGAACCAAAAGAAAUCCCUGGCCAUUUGAUUCCCCGCCUACUUGUUGUAUUUACCCGGCAACUUGAAUUCUUAGUGACAACCCUGUGUAUGCUCAUUAAAGUCUACCAAACAAAUUGAGGGUUACUUUGAUUUCAAUUCUAAACUGAUACAGAUUUCAUGAAAGUAAAAAUUAUACCUUUUAAGACAGCAAUCCCUUGAUCUUCCUUGUCACUUUCUUCGGAGUCAGCAAGUCCAUUUUCACCUGAAAAAAGUUAAAAUUGUAAUCAGUAUGGGGAAUUAUUCCUCCCAAGGAAGAGGACCCCACUAUGAGAUGAGUAAAGUGGUGUCACCUCUUCCCAUUAACAUCUGUGUGAUUGAAGGUUAUGUUGCCUGUAGUUAAUUCAUUAACUGAUCCUUACAGACGAUCCAAUCAUAGCCAUGCAAUUAACUACAAAGCCAAUGACCACCAGGAUAGAGUACCCCAGAGUUAAAUUGACAGGGAUAAUAAUUGAAAGAGGUUAAAUCAAAACCAACAGAAGAAGACGUGUGGCACUAGCACUACCAUACGCCAAUAACGUUGUUUAAGAUACCCCCAAAAAAUCCUUGGCUAAUUCAAGGCACCCAAAAUAAUACCUGGCCUGUCACUUUUACAUCGGAAUUCUCCUACUAGCAAGGAUUAUAGGCAUUGCUUUUAAGAUUUAUCUCACUAUAUACUGGUAAGGUUGUUUUGAUUCAGUAAAAUUCAUGAUAAAGGUAUUGAUAAAAAAUAUACCUGAAUAAAUUUGCAUUUUAGUUUCCUCAGCACUGAUGUUAUUAUUGCUACAUGUCAUGUCUAUCACAGAUCCUUGAACUUCACCUGGAGCAAACAAAAUCCAACAUUUAAGGUGGCUGCUAAGAAUACUGGCAAUUAGAUGUUCUCAAGCAAUGAGUCUAUGUUUUCAUUAUUUUUUGAUGUAGAAAACAAAACAUAUUUUGAGGAGGAGUAAUAAUAUAUUAUAUUAAUAAGUAAUUAAUUAUUAUUAAACUGAGUGGUCUUAAUUGCAACAUUAAAAUAUCCAAGUCAAACUUGAAUGUUAUUGUUUUUCGAUUAAGUUUGCAAGUAAUAAAAAAUGUUGCAUAUGACUGUUAUAAAAAAAUAAAGCUGAAAUGUAAGCUUUGGAAAUGGUACGUCGGUAUGUUUUUGUGUGUUUAUUCCUGAAUUAAAUACUAAAUACUAUGGUGACUGCUGUCUCAGAAGCAUAAAGAGUAUUAAGUGGGGAUGAAACUCUAUUUUCCCAAUGGGGCUAUACAUAAUUAUAAGACCAAAGAUGAAAAAAAAAAUAUAUAAACUGUGCCUCUUUUAAAGUUGACUUUCUUUUUUCUUUGACGAUCAUGUAUACACAAUACAUGUCAAAAUUAAGUUCAGGUUAAAUUUUUCUAUCUAGGUACAUAUUGUCUGUUUCCUUUGUCUCCUAGCCCCAAUAAUAUAUUAUUCACAUGAAUUAGGGUUUGGAGACAAAGGAAAUUGAGAAUCAACCUAUCAUAUUAGGUUGAAAUUUUUUCAGCUGAAUUUGAUUGACUUGUAACAUAUAUCUCAGGGGCUGAUCUAGGGGGAGGGUGAAGGGGGUGUGCACCCCCAUCCCCUGAGAUGACCUGCGGUUUUCUAAUACAACUGGUAUUCUGCAAAAAAAACUAUGUAGUUUAUUGGUGUUGAAGUAGAGAAAGAGACGAGUGCACCCCCUCCUAAAAAAAAUCCUGGAUCUGCCUCUGUAUCUUAUGCUAAAAACAACUGAGAAGUUCCCUCCUCUUCCCCGUAUUUAGGAGUCAAUUUGCUGACUUUCAGAAGCCAGAGUUAGUGUUAUAUCCAGGGCUGAAAGUAGCACAAAGACAACUGACAGUAAUGUCCAGGAAAAGAGAAUUCAAGCCCUUCUAUCAUACCUACUUUCUAGAAAAAUCUAAAAUCAUUUCUUGUAAUAAAAGUACUUCUUGAUGUGACUCACCAAUAAGAGUGUGAGCAUCAUUAGUGACAUUCACCUCACAUGACCCAGAUUUGAUGUCAAUAGAGGGAGGGUUGUCAUGUCCAGCUGGCUGACCAGCGGCAUCUUGAAGAAAUAAGAUACAAAAAAAAUAGAAAUGCACCAUCAUGUGAAGUUAAAAAUUCCGUUGUAAUUCAAUCAAAUCCAUUUGCUUUUUCCAAUUAAAUUAACUUUUUUUGACUUAUUUUGCCGAAUGGUCCAUAUUCCUUGAUUGCAAAUCCGCGAUUUUGAAUUCCAAAUUCCUCAAGUCCAGUCCCAAAUCUACUUUUCCCAGUAAGUUUUCCCAGUUGAAGAUUUACGCGGCAUACAUAUGUAUUUAAAUCGACAAAGUGCUAUCAAUAGAAGAAAAGACUUACCUGGUAUCUCUGAUGUCCUUAAAUUGGAAAAUUUGGCUUUUUUAGAUGGCUGCCCGCUGCAUUUGAUGUUCUCCGUGUACCGAUCUAAUCCAUAAAGGUUCCGAUGUCUGAAAACAGUCCGUCUUGAGCGCAAGCAACCUCGGCAUUCGGGGCAGAAACACGUCUGAUAAUCUGCCAUUCUGAACUAACUUAAAUAAUCUGUAUUUAAUUCUUUGGUUUGUCAUACAUGUACGAUCUGCUGGAUAUUUUGGUGCUCCUUUUUCGCGAGAUAGCGCCAAAUUGCGCGAAUGUGGCGAGCUUUAUUAUUGCGUGACAAUGUUUGCGCUAAUUUGACGCAAGUUGAAAUUUUUCGAUGGACGCAAGGAGAGAAAUUGCUCCUUCAAAGGGGGAUUUUUGGCGAAAAAUGGAAGUACAAAACCCAGAAGAACUUAUGAAAGUGUUACUCGAUAAUCCGUCGGCUAGAAGCCAGUUGAAUUCCUUUGUUGAGCAAGCAAUUGCGAAAAGUCACGUAAGUUAAGUGUGUUGUUUUUUGUUGCGGGUUUGUUUGAUAAUUAAUUAAGUGGUUUCAUGACAACACUUAAUUGACAAAAAUUCUUCCCCUUUGUUUUCCUCUAGUCACCUGCACCGUCAAAAGUUGUACCACUGGUAAGUAAAAGCCAAAUGUUACAAUUUGCUUAAACGCUAGCUUUUGGGGGAAAAAACUAUAUACUAGGACAUUUGUUGACGUCAGCUGCAUCUUUCAGAUGUAUAUUUCGACGGGACAUUUUACUUGAUUUUCACGCUAUGUAGUGUAUGGCCAAUCCACUUUUAAUAUAUCCUGUGAGCUACUUUUUUAAAAUAAACUCUGUAACUGAUCUGACUCAGUUGGGGGCACAAAUUUGAGCGCUUUUUGGAGUCGGGUAGGGCACUAAAAUCACUUGUUCAAAGUUCGGUCCUCUACAGUCUGCAACUGAAGUCCUUCUGUCAUUAUUUCAUAGAUUAAAAAAUGUUAUGAACUGAAAACCUUGUAUGACACAAACCCGGGGGGGGGGGUACUUUAGGAAUUUCUGGGUGGGGAUGUGCCACUGGGACCCUGGAACCCUUAACCUAUACCAGAGCUAGUUCAGCUGAAUUUUGCUACCCUAUACUAGAGUAAACUCCCCAAAUCCCCCUAUCCUAGAGUAGCUGUUUACCUAGUCUAGAUAAAAUCUUCAACCAACUGCUCAGUUUCCUGAAAAAUGAUACCCUAUUCUAGACCCAAACGCUCUGAUUUAUAUACUCUAUCCUAGAGUAAACUGCUUGAAAACCAUACCCUUCACAGCGGCACAUACCUAUAUAGCCCAUAUAUGGCAGUACCCCCGGGACACAAAGAACUACAGUACAUACACAUUUUCAAAUUUACAUACAAAAAUCCAAUUAAUAAAUAAUUCAAUAAUUUGUGACAAAAUAAAUCUAUAAAACUCAUUAACCCUCGGACGUUACAACGGCGGGGAGUUGGAUGCCACCCCUGCCCAUAAGGUUUUCUCCCAGAGGAUCUUUUCAGUAGCUAUUCGUUCAUCCCUCGCACAUAUUUUCAGUCAAGUUUAAUUUUUUGGUCAUGGUCCAUUUCUAUGGUUACGAGAUAUGACAUCAAGUAAGAGGUGGUCAAGCCAUUUUUGAGUGAAAGUACAUUUUUUUUCCAACUUUUUCAAAAAUAACUAAAUCUUGUGGCCAAAAUCAUACAAAGUGCUUAAUUGUGUGUUAUUUUUCAUCUGAAGCACAAAAAAAUCACCAUUUCUCACGAUUUUAACCUGAUUUCUAAUCAUUGGUAAAAUCCAAGAUUGCAACCAAGAUGGCAACCAUUGUUGGUGACGUCACAGGCCCCCAGCAGCACCACCACCCAUAAAAUAUACCUCAUCUUGUAGAGAAGAUGAAAGGCUUUCCACCAAAGGUAAAAUAUCGUUACAAAAUACUGCAACGUAUCAAAAACUCUGGGGAUGGGAUGGGGGUAUGAAUUUGCUUGUACGUCCGAGGGUUAAUAUAAUAUCUUAUAUUCAUAUCAUUAUAAAAUGUAAUGAAACCAUAAAAAAUACUACCCUAAUUGCUUCAAAAAUAAUAAUAAAAAAGAUGAACAAGGUGCAUUUUUAUUUCAUAUAUUGGGUUUUGAGGCAAAUCUGAAUAAUAGGGAAAACAUAAUCUACCUAUAGAUCCACAUAUCGCAAAAAAUAUAUUAACCAUUUAAUUGACUCAGUGAUAUUUCCUUCCACUUAUAAUGAGCACAACAUAUAUUAAAUUAUGUGGCUGAGAUUUGUAAGAAUACAGUGAGACCCUUCCAUAUUACAUGUUGACUUAAUUAUAAUUCAACAGAUAUGCUCUUGUUGAAAUAUUUCACAGGACAUUACACGAGAUGCAUUUGAAUUUGAAUUCAAGGAUCAAAUUAAUCCAGGAGAAGGUAUAAUUAGACAACCUUAUUCUUCCUAUAAUUUAUUACCAGUAGAUAUAGUGGGAGGAAAUCAAAUGUAUAACUGAAUCCUGAAAGAAUAUUUGCAUCUUAAAUGUUAGUUAAGAAGUCGGAUGUUUUGUGUGUGUUUAGUUUGAAAAUUGAAGUUGGGAACACGUAUUGUCCAUAUAUUAAAUUUAAUUUAUUAUCAGUUGAUGUUACUCGAGUGGGGUGUAUUGACUGUUUUAUAUUCUAUUUGUGCUAACGGCAAUAAUUUAAAAUUCGUAACAGUGCCUUGGUCAGAUGUUCAAGACUCUGUGAGAACUGAGAUGGUCGAGUAUGUAAGAGAGAUGAUGUCAUCAAGUGGUGUGUCAUUACCAACAAGAAGCAUUAUUGGAAAAAGGAUUAAAAGAUAUUAUAGGAGUCAAAGACACCAAGCUCAAAUUAAGGCAGACAAGGAGAAAAGAAGGAGACAGCGGUUUCUUAACAAAAGGAACCGUCUAACAAUGGUAGGAUUAUACUAUAUUUUUUUUUUUCAUACUCAAAUGGCUUAGAUGAGGGAAAGUGAAUGGAGGGAUAUCGAGGUAGGGUGUUCAUGCCAGGACAAGUGAGGGACAGGAUUAAUGUAUUCUCCACUGCCUGGUUGUUUACAGCUGGCAGAUUAAGAUAAUUAACGCAGGGAUUAGUGAGAAAUUAAAUUUGAAUGAAUUCACAUAAAUAAAUGUAAGCUUAUUAAAGUGCCUAGCACAUGUACUUGUGUACACUACGUGUGCUUGCGAAUUGACUAAUGAUUGUUGCAUCACUUGCAUGUGCAUUAAUUCACGUGAUUACUGACAUCAGAUGGACCAGGGCCUUUGUGGUGUCACAUUCCAUGCAUUUCAAAGGACAUAUCCUAAGAAUGUGGAUAGAUUCUGGAAAAACCUCGCUAUACAGUUACUGAAGUGCCACUGACCAGUUGUUAUUAUUGUAUCAUUAUUUAUAACUAUUAUAAUUAUUUGUUAACAAACCGCUGUUCCUUUCUUUCCACAAUGGCUUCAAUUAAUCAAUGUCUCAUAAAUGUACCAAAAUGUUAACUUCCAGGAAAAGAGAGACAGGGAAGUAAGGAAAGCAUUGGAAAGGGAGGAGUUGAGCAGUGAAGAGAUAAAGGAGCUGAGAAGUACGAUUGCCCCAGUGGAAGCAAAGGAAGUGGUAGUUUACGAUUCUGAGGAUGAGGAUGCACGCUCUGACCUUCUCCUGAAACGCAAGAUCAGUUUGGAGAGAGGCAGGAAAACAGCCAGGAAAAUCAACGCAGGGGAAGUCGCCUGCUGGCUCUUCUUAGUGGUAAUAAGGCACCCAGUCAGCAAGUGUCUGUCAAAGACCUGAUGGAGCUGGCAAAAAGAGAAUGUUCCACUGCCAGCAGCUAAGGCUCCAUCAGCUAGUCUGACCCCUCUGAGGUGCUGUACAACAUCUACUGCUGAUGCAGCCUUACGUGCACAACAAAAGAGGGCAGGCUAGCAUUAACUAGAAAGCCUCAAACAAGCAUAGGUAAGUUAUCUUUGGGCCCAUCAAGUGAACGCAGCAACCUCAUGGUGGCUGCUGGGGCACUGCGCUCCUCACUGGUGGAGACCGAGGAUAGUUUAUCUAUGGCUGUUGACUCAUCACCAUUUCUCUUUCAGGGAGAUUUUACUGAUUAAGGACAGUGUAAGUGAGGCUACAUGUGUAAGAGAUAGCAAUACAGACCUGCCAAUUCGUGGCUAAAAUGUUACAAAGCCCCAUUAAGGUUAAACACUGGCACUAGCAUCCCCACAGAAUUUCUGUUUUAUAUUCAACAAGGUAACAUUUCAUUUCAGAAAGAUAUCUCCCCCAAAAAACAUGAGAUUGGGAGUGUUGUUGUGGGGCCAUGAGACAAGUGAAAAAUCAUGAGAGUCUUUGAAGCCAGAAUUGUGAGAGUUGGCAGAUCUGGCAAUAUUAAAAUAGACAUUUUUUGGUCCAUUAAAGGAUCUUAUUUGAAAGGUUCGGUCUAAAUUAUUCUUUGGUUGUCUUUAAAAGACUGUGCUGUUUCUCUUAAUACAAUCAGUAAAGUCUCAAAUGAUUCAAUGUUUUGGAAUUGUCCCAUAGUGCAAUCAAAUGGUUUAUUGUACGAACAUCCUAGGAGAUUAAUUAGGAAGCAAUAUUAGCCUUUGAAUUCUUUUGUGGAUAAACAGAGUGCCUAAUUAUUAGACAUGAAAUUCAAACACAGUGAAAAAUUACUGACUUUUACGGUCUAUCUGCAGUCCUAAUUCCAAUAAAAGGAUUUAUCCUUGUGGAUGAGUGUGGACUCCCAUAAUAAAAUUGAUAGGGAUGCUUGAUUAUUUAGGUGUUGGAUUUACAGGUUUUGAUCCAAUCUCGUUCCCAGGUUUUUUCUCCUACCCGUCGAGAGACCCUGGCAGGUCUGGUCAUGUAUAUCCCAGAAUCUGGGACAGGUAGGAGAUAACCCUGGCUUUGAUCGCACCGCAUAAGGGUGUUUAGGACAAAUAACCAAUAUUUUUACCCAUACAGGCACUGCUUGAUGUUGUGGGUAAAGAAAUUAAUUAUGUCUAUAUAAUUUGAUGAAAUGUGUUGGAGUUUAUUAUAAGUCUCUGUAAGGAUUCAAUUCAAGCCUGAAUCAAACCCGCAUUGUCCUCUUUUAGGGAUUUCACUCUAAUUUGUUAUAUACUGAGCAUCAUGUCAUUUUAUAUGGGAUUUGAAUUCCCGCAUCACUCAGGUUCCUUGAAUAGCAGCCCAAAAGUCCAGCUAAUAUUAAUAUUUUAGGCUGACGCAAAAUAUUGAAAUUUAAAACACAAAGUGUAGUGUUCCAUCUAGUAUAGGUCACUGACACAAACCAGUAGAUCAACAACAGAAUGAUGUAUUAAUUAUCUCUUCAUUCCCAGAAUGAAUAAUGACUCUUGUACUAGAUUUAAAAUCUGCUGAUGAAAUUCUGUGGUAUGACCAUUCAAAUGAAACCUCUUUGGCAUAACUCUAGGCGCUAUCUGUUUUUUUAGUACUUUACAGAAUGAAAUUUAAAAAUUUUGUCAGAUACUUUUGACAAUUGCAUGCCAUUCUGGGAGAGAAGUGGUUAUAAUUUAUAAUAUACAUGUAUAUAAGUAUUGAACCUUACAAUUCCUAAUAGUGACCCUGAACGUCAAUCAGUUCCUACUGGCAAUAUCAAUAUGUCAUCAAGAGAGAAGGUUCUGAGAACUUUCAUAGAAAUAGUCAUCUCCGAAGGGAAUAAGUUUUGAUCCUCUAUCAAAUUUUCUAUAAUGAGAUGUAUGGGAUAUCAUGAUCAGUCUCGCAGAAUUUGUUUAUUGAUAUUGUCAGGCUUAAGGAGUAAAUACUGGAUUUCACUAGUAAGUCUAAAAAGAGGAUGUCCAAGGGGAAUAUGUUUUGAUCUCCUAUUUAAUUCUCUAAUUCUGACAUGAUAUAAUUGCUUGCUCAACAAAUGAAUUCAACUGGCUUUUAGCAGAAGGAUUAUCAAGUACAUUUGUGUAACACUUUCAUAAGUUCUUCUGGAUUUUGCACUUCCAUGUAUAUUUCGUCAAAAAUCCCUUCUCGAAGGAGCAAUUUCUCCCCUUUGGUCGACCAAAAAUUUUUCAACUUGAGUCAAAUCAAUUAACGCAAACAUUGUCACACAAUAGUAAGGAUUGCCACAAUCGCGCAAUUUGGCGCAUUGCAGCAAAAAACAAAUUUGUUAUUUUACAUUGUUUAUUGAUAUUUGUUCAUUAUUAAUUGGAUUUCACUGGUCUAUUAAUGUUUAUUAAUUUAAACACGAACUUGAUUAUCUUUUAUUAACAUUCAGACAACAUUGUUUUGUAUAUAUAACAUCGCCAUUAAACUUACGUUUUCUCGGACAGCUGUUAUCUACACUGAUUCCUUGUGUAUUGUUAUUUUUCCAUAUUGGAUUAUUUUUGAUCCGCACACUUCACAGUGCAAUUUGUGGGGAGACUCUGGAAUUUUGCUUAUGUUACUUCAGUUCACCAAGCAUUUUUCAAAUCAAGUUAUUAAAAAGGGAAAUGUUUGAAAAAAAAAUGUAUCUGAACAUAAUUUUAAGACCCAAAUAAACAAAAGCAAAAAUCAUUGCGAUGAUUUCCUGUAUAUUCACAUAUCUGAAAUGAAAGGAUUUGGGAAAUUCUUUAAUUUGGGGGAGGGGGGGGGGGGUAUGAUUCCACUGACAGUAUACUCUCAAGCUACAAUGAGUGAUACUUUGAUUUUAACAAUGCGAUAGUGGGGGUUAUGAUUCCUCAAAUGAUUUAAUAAGUCUUGCAACAUCGUGGUUAUGAUUCUUAGCUAUGACAACACAGGUUAUGAUUCCUCAAAUGAUUUCAUAAAGCCUUUAAAAACCAGGGUUAUGAUUCCUGUGCCUGACAAAAUGAUAUGAUGACUUGGUGAAGCCUGGGCAAACCAAGGUUAUGAUUCCUCAAACACAUAAAAUCAUUACUGAAAUUACAAUUGGUUAUUUGACUAUGCCAUUUCCUGUGUGGUGAACAGGAGAAUGAUGUUCUUUUAGUCAGUGACAUACACUUACAAAACAUUAAAACUGUCUGCGUAGAAUUUUCACGGAAAAAGAGUUUAGUUCCCAGAGGAGAGGGAAACACUUUUGUUCUGUGUCCACCAGCAUGGCCACCAUGAUGUCAGCUGCAAAGGAGUCAUUCCCAUUGGAUUACAAAAAAAACUAUCUCUUGCUGACGGAAAUCUGAGAACUGAAAUAGAGGGUUAUGCUUCCCUAUGAAAUAAUGCACUGAUCAUCACUGGCGAAAAAGAAGCAUAAAAGGUUUCAAAAUGGUGAAUUCUGUGUUGAGGUUAUAUCUCAUGUUCAAUUUACUUUCAAGCACUACCACAUAAUCAGCAGCCUUGUCAAAACCAUCACAACUUUAUCCUUAGUCUCCCUCACAGCCGUUGCUAAUGUUGUCACACAACGACACUUAAAACAGCUGCAAGGGAGACUACUCGAUCCCUGGUCAUCAUUUACUUUAAAGUCUAAUAAUAAUUUUAAUUAAAAAUACAUGUACUACAGUAUUUUUUCUUUUUUUUAUGGCUCACAGUAAUGCUUGUGAUGACUGUUUCUUUUCAACAGGACAUGUAUGGGUGGCCUGAUGAACCUUUCGAGGAGAUGGAUAGUACAUUAGCUGUCCAGCAGGUGACCAAAGAGCUGUGAAUUACUAUUUUUAUUUCCACAAUCCACAAAGGGUAGUUUACUAGCAGAGGCUUCUUUUCUUGGUAUUCAGCGGGCCGGGGGAAAAGAGAUGUUGCCACCUAAUGCCAGAAAAAAGAACCCUCUGCUAGCAUGGAACACAAUAAGGGAAUGAAACUUUGCUUGUACAGUGGUGCAGUGUAUUGCUGACCUAUUUUUUUUGUUGAUUAAGUCUUACAGCAUGGUGUGACUGUUCAAAACAAACCACAUCUCCAGUUCACCCAUUUUAACUGUCAUUCUCUUAGCUCAAUAUUACUGUAAAUGAUCUAUAAUUAGAUGCCUACUCUCAAAUAAGCAUCUCUCAUAGACCAAAGUAGUGUGGUCAACCUUAAAAUCCUGUGCGUUCAUGUCAGCUACCUUACGUGUAUAAUAAUUAUUUGUAACCUGCUUUAUCAAAUAAAAUGGUUAUGAUAAUGAUGAUGUCAAUUAAUAUGGUUAUGAAUCCGUUCACUGACAUUUUACCUAUCACAGAAAUGUAUCACUUUCAUCUGUUCCAGUUUGUUUGUUUUUUGUUUUUGUCUGUUUAUCUUUACAAAUUCAAAUAAUUUUGACAGUGACUGCUUUGCAAAGUUUAAUGCCCUUAAAUCAGUUGCUUGAUCAAAAAUGCAAGAAUAAGGCCAUGCAAGAUACUCUGUCAUCCCUCACUUUUUUAUUCCCACCUACUUGUUUUAUUUACCCUGCAACUUAAAAUCAUAGUGACAUCCCUGCAUUUUCAUUAUUUUUUUUAGUAUAUUCAGCAACAGAUCAGAGCAGAUUUCACCAAUAUAGAUGCCAUCUUAGAAUCACCAGAAGGACAAGAUGAGGGAGUGUGGAAAUAUGAACAUCUCAGACAGUUUUGCAUGGAACUCAAUGGACUAGCUGUCAAACUUCAGGUAAUUAAUAAUUAAUCAUUACUAUUAUUAACCUAAGCAAUGCUAGUAGAAAGUUUAACUCUUUAAGCCCCAAUAUCCAACUACAAAUUCACAAGACUGAUUUCUGUACAUUCACUCAGUGAAUUAGUUGGGAGAAUUUGUUUGAAGAUCAAAGUGUUUUCCAUGAAGUUAUUGCUUUAUAUAUUCUCACAACAUUUUCUCUUGAUUAUGUAUUGAUAUCGUUAGGAAAAAAAAUUGAUUUUCAUCACUCACGGGACUUUUACAGUGGUGAUUAUAUUGGCGUGAACACCUAAAAUAUGUCUGGAAUGUUUAUUAUGUUGCAACCAAUAAUUACAGGUGAGAUCUUCACACCACAGAAACCACAGGCAGCGAACGGUUUCCGAUUGGUCAUGGAACAAAUUAUUUUCGUUUUGUUUAAGGAUACAAACUGCCUUAUUAGGACUUUAAAACACCGCUGUUCCCGAAGAUCAGUGCCGAGGACCGCAUCCAGUACAUCGUUCGAUUUUAGACAGAAAAGUUUUAGAAGCCAAUGUGACGCGACGGCGACCAGCUUUCCAUGUAACGACAUAUCACGUGAAGAGAAUAAAAAACGAACCAUCGUGAUGUUUUCGUUUCUGAUAGCACAAUCCUUGCUAAUAUUUUUUUGUAGAACAAGGGGAUUCGAUUUGUGUGAACUAACAAUUGAACCUUCGAACUACAAUCUACUACCUACGAUCAGGCGUAACUACCGAUUUUGAUCUUUACAAAAAGUUUGAAAACUCGCGUGCCAAACCGUCACGUUCGUAGGCCCGGCACAUCGGCUUUGUAAUUUAUUUCAAAAUCACUCAAACCUGUAUUCUUCGCUAUUAUAGCAAAUACUGUAAACAAAUAAGAAGGAAAAGCAAUUGUUUACUUGUAAAAAGACUGAAUGUUAAAACAAAAUGAAAAUAAUUAUUUUGUUCCGUGACAGAUAGGAAACCGUUCGUUGCCUGUGGUUUCUGUGGUGUGAUGAUCUCGUCUGUGAUUGGUUACAUCACAAUAAACAUUCCAGACAUAUUUUAGGUGUUCACGCCAAUAUGAUCACUGCUGUAACCCUUUAAAAAGGGUUAGAAGUAAGGAAAAAUGUUUGGCACUAUUUUCCUUUUUGUUCCCUUUUCAACAGUAUGUGUAUUCAGGGAUUACAGUCUUAGCGACUUGGGAAAAUCCACAGCCUUCAUCCCUUAGUUAAAAUCCUGUUUACUACAUGUAUCACAUCACGUGUCUUAGUGUGAAAGAUCAGAGUCACCCUAUAUACAUGUAGCAAGUACUUUUUCAAAUUUAAAUGUACAGCUUGCAAAAGCACUUUACAAUAAAUUCUCACCUGUCACAACAAUUAUAUUUUACAAUUAUUGUAUUGAAAAUGCUAAUUGAAAGUUGCAUCUGCCAUAAAUGGAGUAUGCAGUGAUUUUUCAGAAAUUUGAGUCAAUUUCUGCCGGUUAAUUAAGUUUAUCAUGUAGCAUUUUUAUGUUCAUGAACAUGUAUGUUCAAUCUGUAGCAGUUUUAGAAACCACUAUUGUUUGUGUGUUUUUUUUCUUUAGACUGACUGUACUCCUGCAACUUGUACUCAAAUGACAGCCACAGAGCAGUGGAUAUUUCUGUGCGCUGCACACAAGACUCCCAGAGAAGUAAACCCUACUGUAUUAUGUUAUUUCUAAUGUACAUUAUAGACCUUUUUCAUGUAGACAGAGGUUUCCAUGUUUGCAAAUUCAUCCAACAUCAUUUUAUAGUUUGCUUGAGGUACGAUGUAAAACACAUCGCAUCACAGCCACUUGUGCCAAAGAGCUAGUCAUAAUAAUUUAUUAUAAUAAGACCAGUCUCUAAUACUUUUUCAUCCAACUUACAAUUGUGUAUGCUACCACUUGUUUUUAUAGAAAUAGAGUUGAGAUUUUUCGAUCCAGUGAAAGACAUCAGUAGUAGAGGGCAGUCAUUAAGGUUUUAAGUAGCUGUUCUGUCAGCGAAAGUAGCUGAUUUUACCGUAGUAGCCAGCUACAGUACUUACAGCUACACUUACAGCCUUGUUGUUGUCUGCUAUCCUAAUCUCCUGGUUGCUAUUACGCAAGCAUGGCAUGUUUGUAGCCAGAAUUCGUUUGGACUUCCACGAAAAUUGAAUGGGGUCAAUGUACAAAAUGCAAUUUGAUCACCUGCAUUUGGACCUUCUGUCACUCGUAAUCUGAUCACGUGUGUUCUGACCAUUUAUCAUGUGAAACUCAUGCAAAGCAUAGUGCUGGCGCAAAAGUGUUUUGAAAUUCGAUCCUUGUCGCCUGUAUUCCGUAACCUUUGGUUAUUACUAAUGAUAAAUUAUCCAAUCAGUAUGUGGUAUCUCAGAUCACACCUUUAAGGGACGGACCAUUAGAAAAGUUAUGGGGGGGGGGGGAAUU